AUGACUAGAAAGAAGGUGAAACUUGCAUUCAUCGUAAAUGAUGCUGCAAGACAAGCAACAUACAAGAAAAGGAAGAAGAGUGUAUUGAAGAAGAUUGAUGAACUAAGUACCCUCUGCGGAAUUGAAGCUUGUGCCAUAAUUUAUAGUCCUUAUGAUCCUCAACCUGAGAUCUGGCCAUCACCAUGCGGAGUUCAAAAUGUUUUGUCAAAAUUCAAGAGCAUGCCAGAAUUUAAGAAAAGCAGAAAAAUGGUGAAUCAAGAGACUUUCUUGGAACAAAGGAUUUUGAAGGGUAAAGAGCAACUAAACAAACAAAUGACAGACAAUAAGGAGAAAGAGAUGACCAUGUAUAUGUUUGAAUGUCUAAAUGCUCGAAAAAUUGUGUCCAACAAUAUGUCUAAGGUCGAUUUCUAUAAUUUGUCAUGUAUGAUUGACAUGAAUUUGAACAACAUUGGUAGAAGGUUGGAUAAUAACAUUAAUAGUCAAGUUCAAUCCGAUAUGGCACUACUUCCUCCACAAGCAUCAGUAUCCCAGAAUGAAGAAAUUGAAAUGAAUAAUGUUGAUAUUAUGCAAGGGCAGUUUUUUAAGGAUACCACGGUGCAUGGUUAUGGAGAUGAAGUGGUUCUGUUUGAUAAUGAUGAUAAUCUUGAAAAUGAGUUUUGGUCUAAUCUACUGUCUUAA